CUCCAACCCAUGAUGUCAUCAUUUGGUAACACUCACCUAUCAAUCGCACCUACCUAUCGGAUCACACCACUCAAUAAAGCGGCAACUAGCAUCAUUCAGCAAGCCUCCGUCUUAGCCACCACCCCCAAUUUUCCCACUUCUUCCCAAUACCCUCCUCAACUCACGCCAACCGCGAAAAAAGCCCCACAAUGGCAGCCGUAGACACCACGGAGCUCCCCACCCAAACCACCGGCGCCGCCGCCCGUCUCGCCAGCUCCCACGCCACAGAACACCCCCUAAAGCUGUACGGCGGCUGGUUCUGCCCCUUCGUGCAGCGCGCGUGGAUCGUGCUGUGCGAGAAACGCAUCCCGUACCAGUACGUCGAGAUAAACCCGUACGCCAAGGCGCCGGAGUUCCUGGCGUUGAAUCCGAGGGGGUUGGUUCCUACGCUGGGAGUGCCUUUUGAGUCUGUCUCUACCUCUACCUCUGCGAGAAAGGGGGGUGGGGAGAAAGGGGAGGGAGAGGGAGUUAAGAGGAAGCCGUUAUAUGAGAGUGCGGUGAUUUGCGAGUAUUUAGACGAGGCGUAUGAUGACGUGACGAAGUAUGGGAGGAGUUUACUGCCGGAAGACGCGUAUGAGCGCGCGAGGUGUCGGUUGUGGAUUGAUCAUAUUGGCGGGAAGAUCAUUCCUGGGUUUUAUAGGUUUAUCCAGCAUACGCCGGAGAAGGAGUAUAGUAUCGAGGAGGCGAGAGAGGGGUUUUUGGGACAUGUGAAGACGUUUGUGAGGGAGAUGAUGGAGAGUGAGGGGGGUGGACCGUGGUUUCUGGGGGAGAGGUUUGGGCUGGUGGAUGUUAUGUUGGCGCCUUGGGCGAAGAGGCUUUUUCUUAUUGAUCAUUAUAAACCAGGGGGUUUGGGGAUUCCGGUCGAGGGGCAGGGUGGUGAUGAUGAGGUGGUUUGGAAGAGGUGGAGGGUGUGGUUUGAUGCUAUUACUUCCCGUCAGAGUGUCAAGGAUACUUGGAGCGAUGAUGCGCAGUAUAUAAUUGCGUAUAGGAGGUACGCUGAAGAUAAGACGCAAUCUGAAGUCGCGAAAGCGACGAGGAAAGGUGAGAGGCUUCCAUGAGCCAAGCACUGGGUUGAGUUCAGAUUUCCACUUGGUUGAAGUUGAAGCUAUUCCGAGUGUAAUCCACUGUUUAAUGACUGCUACGGUUUACGAAAAAGGAAAUAUCCAAGAACUUUCUUGUUUCUCAAUCGGAGGCUUAGGCAAUCCUUCAAGUUAGUAUCCGAUCCGUUAUGUACCUGCAGAUUCAUAGUAUACCUACCUGGUAAUUGCCUCUAUUUAUAUCAAGACGGCUCCUCCGAUGUUUUUCUACGGUCCGACUACCUACGUUCGAGUAGACCCUAAGCUGUCCGAAUUCAUCAUCGACGAGGCUUGCGAUUCUCUUUUCAAUCAUGGGACUUCCUAUUCCGUCU